AGGUGGCCGGGAGGGGUGGCGGCACCUGACUUGUUGGAUCCCAAAUCUGCCACUCAGAACUCCAAGCCACGGCUGUCAUUUUCUACCAAACCCACUGUACUUGCUUCACGGGAGGAAAGUGAUACAACUAUUAAUGUUAUGAAAUGGAAGACGGUGUCAACCAUUUUUCUAGUGGUGGUUUUGUAUUUAAUUAUUGGAGCUACUGUAUUCAAAGCCCUGGAGCAACCACACGAAACCAGCCAGAGAACAACUAUUGUGAUCCAGAAGCAAAUGUUUGUGUCACAGCAUGCCUGUGUGAAUGACACAGAACUUGAAGAUCUAAUUCAGCAAGUUGUGGCAGCAAUAAAUGCAGGAGUCAAUCCUAAAGGAAAUAUGCCAAAUCAAGUCAGUCACUGGGAUUUGGGAAGUUCCUUCUUCUUUGCGGGGACUGUUAUUACCACCAUAGGAUUUGGGAACAUCUCACCACGUACAGAAGGUGGAAAAAUAUUCUGUAUCAUCUAUGCCUUACUGGGAAUCCCUCUCUUUGGUUUUCUGUUGGCUGGCGUUGGAGAUCAACUAGGGACCAUAUUUGGGAAAGGGAUCGCCAAAGUAGAAGACACAUUUGUUAAAUGGAAUGUGAGUCAGACAAAGAUCCGCAUAAUAUCAACAAUAAUAUUCAUACUGUUUGGCUGUGUUCUGUUUGUUGCUCUUCCGGCAGUCAUUUUCAAGCACAUAGAAGGCUGGAAUACAUUAGAUGCAAUUUAUUUUGUAGUUAUCACCUUAACAACAAUUGGAUUUGGGGAUUACGUUGCAGGGGGAUCAGAUAUUGAAUAUAUUGACUUCUACAAACCAGUUGUGUGGUUCUGGAUUCUGGUGGGCCUUGCAUAUUUUGCUGCUGUCUUGAGCAUGAUUGGUGAUUGGUUAAGAGUUAUAUCCAAAAAGACCAAGGAAGAGGUGGGAGAGUUCAGAGCUCAUGCAGCUGAGUGGACAGCCAAUGUUACUGCAGAGUUCAAAGAAACCCGCCGGCGACUGAGCGUUGAGAUCUAUGACAAGUUCCAGCGGGCUACCUCCAUCAAAAGAAAGCUGUCUGCAGAAAUGGCAGUGAAUCACAGCCAAGACCUGACUCCUUGCAAAAGAACCUUGUCCGUCAACCACCUCACCAGCGAGAAAGAUAUCUUGCCUGCCAUCACAAAGACAGAUAGCAUUUAUAUGAAUGGCUUGACUCCUCACUGUGCAGCUGAAGAAAUUGCUGUGAUUGAGAACAUUAAGUAGCAGUGACUUUGAAUCCUGAUCUUUUAAUAAGAAGCCACCUAUCGUUUAGACUUAUCUUGUAGGUCCUGAUUAUUUUCCCCUCUGUCCAUAACCGAUGCCGAUAGCAUUUUUUAAAAAUCAUAUGCAUGAGUUCCAACAGAAAUCCGCCCACAAUAUGGAUUCAGAGUCAUCAUUAUAUUUCUUGAAAGACACAAGACGAAUGGCACUUUGGUCAUUGACAAAUGCUGGACCAAGCAAUGGUCAAUGCCUUUUUAAAAAAAAUUUGGUGCCCAGACUGGUUUUUGCUUUUGCUUUUGUUUUUUCCAUCUCUCCUGUUGUGCCACAAGGCGUUAAGAAUGAAUAAUGCUGGUUUAGGUUAACAAUGUAGCUUUGAGAGAUCAGUCCUUAAACUUUUCAGGGUCUACCAUGCCAAGCCUAGGAAUGGACCAUACAUGGACUACAAUCUAUAUGUAAAUGGCAAGAAAAUCUUAUGCAGCCUUUUACCUAAGAAAUUUUUGUCAGUGCCUUAUCUUUUAAAGAAACAGAACCUCUAUAACUUUCAUAUGGGUUUUUGUUAGUUUGUUGGUUGGUUCUUGCAUGAGUACUAUAUCUCAUGUUUAUAUUUCCUCUUGCCCUCCCCCUAAUCAUGUUUUAAGGAUGUCUAAAGCCAAGGAUACCAGCGUUAAGAAAUAUGCCAAAUCAAGGACAUCAAAAUGCCACUUCUAAUCUAGCUUUAAAGGCACUGCAAUUAUAAGGGUUGCAAAAGGUGUCCCCUAUAAGUUUUUGUUUUUUUUUUUUAAACUCAGGUGCAGAUAAUACAUGUACACUCAAUUGAUAUGUAGAAUUUAUGGAUCCAUGUUGGGUCUCAUUAGUUAUAGUCAACUUUUCAUACCCAUGCACCAUGUACCAAAAAUCUUCAGUUUUGUAUUAGUAAAUUAUCUGACAAGAGUUAUAACUUGGUGCAAUAGAUUCCUUUGCAUAUAAAGAAUGCAGAACAAUCCUGAAUCAGCAGCAGGUCAGUUACUAGUAAAUGCAGUGCUGCGGGCAGAAAAGAGUUCAGGUUUUUUUCCUUUGUUUGUUUUAGCUGUGUCAUGCUAGAUGCUCACUUAGCACAGGGAUUGUGCCUGCUGGAUUGCUUUCCUUGAAUGUUACAUCCUACACUUUUGCCCACUGCAGCUGGGCAUAAAAGUAGGAAUGCAAUUGAAACUGGCAUCACUGUGACUUUCAACACCAAGGAUUUAGAGGGUAUCUGAAGACAAAUGCAGACAUGGAAAAUAGUUGAUCAAUAGCACAAUCAGACUACGAUUGAACAGACAGUUCUUGGUUGGUUAUAAUAGGCUGAUACGCAGAUCUGAAACCAAUCCUUAGGAUUUCUUUGAUUGUUUUAAAGGAAAAUAACUUAAUUUUAUAGCCUCUUGUGUCUUCUGUUUCUAAGUGUGUGUAUGAGAUUCAGAAGGAACGCAGAAUUUAAAAUAAUGGAAUGGAAUGGCUUGUCUUUUAAAUUGUUUUCAACAUUUUAUUCUAUUGCAACCUGGCUGUAUAUAAAUACCCCUUAAAAGAUUAAUAGGCAGCCUGAUCCUCAAAGCAUAACUAAGGUGCAAGACUCCACUGAAAUAACAGGAGCUUACACUUACAGAGCUAUUUGAGGCCUUCACUCUUGGCUCUGAGUAUUUAAUACAAAAUGGGACUUCAAUUGGAUUCUGUUCAAAUAACAAAUCCAUAUCAUUUGAUUAUUAAUAGCAGUAUAAACUAUGAAUGUUAAAUUUAUGAAUGCUUCAUUUUUUUCUAACAAAUCUAAGUUAUAGGUGUAAAUAGCGAUCAGUGAAGAGUUAACAAGAGUGUACAUCUCAGAUCAGUAAGGUUCCAUUAAAUAUAUAUCAGGCCAAGCUCUUCAAAGAAAAGGCCCCAUCACCACCAUUGACCCCCCA